UCAGCGUUAGUAGGUGGUGGUAGCAAUACUAGUGCUCCAUACUAUAGAGUCUAUAGUAGCUACAGUAGUGGCCUGCACGACGCAAGGCAAGGCGCGUCCAGGGAAAAGACGACAGGAGUACGAGUGGAACCAGUAUAAACCGCGCCCAACGUGACGCCAGGUGGCCAUCGCGCCACGACGAAGCCACAUCCUGCGAUCUACGGUUUGUUUUGUCCGUUACGGAUACCCUAUAGAUCGCCUGCGAUCAUCGGUUAUCGUCCACGGCCGAUGCGCUUCUCGCCAUCAAACGCGACCGUUCCAAUCCCCGUUGGACUGUUCGAGAAACUCGCGAAUGCGUACGAUUCGUGAUUCAGUGAAUCUUGGCGAAUCAACUAUACAGAUUUCUUUUUGGAGCGGACUUGGCUAGCGGCUGUCGAAAAUGAUCGGCGUCUUUUCGAUCGGAGGGCUUUCAAGCGGAGGGAUCCGUGACGGGAGAGUAACGGCAGCAGCGCAGACGAGUCGCAACAGUCGAGCUGCGAUCUCUCGCGCGUGAAAGAGUACGCUGUGAGGAAAGGUUAACGCUCGAAUUUAAAAUACAGUACACCUUCGCGUUGGAGUGGUUCCAGUGUCGUCGCGGUAAAUGGUAAAUCCGUUCCUGAGUUACAUGGAUCGUUGGAUAUUUGGAUGAAGCGCUUAGGACGGUGAUGGGUAAAAUUUGAUCGGAGUAACCCAUAAUGGAACGUGUAGCGAUCUAUUAUCGAUGUUGAUUCAAUCGAACAGUGAUCGCUCUUGCGACUGAUUGGAGAAAUUAACCACAGAGGUAAAUAAAGCUUACAUAAUCUACAAACAACAAAGAUUUGUCUAGUGUUUCAUCCUCGAGUGCAACAGUUUCUAAUCCAUCAACGGACAAGUUGUUCAUCCAGAUAAAAAUAUUGCUCAUCUCUGUGACCGAGGAUCCUUGAUUGAUUAAAAAAUAUUCGAACGUGGGCGAUUUUAACGAUCAACAACGCCGACUGCUACAGCGACCAAGAACUCACGUUCCAAGAGAACGUAGGUAUGUGCACGUACGUGUGCACCUAGAUAGUUAACGCAUCAACGACGUAACGAUACGUUCAGUGAAAGUAUAGAUUACAAUUAGACGUACACGAGGAACUGAUCGAAUCAUCGCGUGACGCAUCGCGGUUAUCGCGAUAAAGGGAGAAGAUUGGUAAAAUGGGACCGAUCGUGGUCUCGCGUAUCAACCUGUGGACUGGAAAUCGUUCCUCGAUGUGUACGUUUUAUCAGUGAACAAAUAUCGUUAUCGUCGUAAUAACCGGUGUAUGCUGAUCUAUCUAAAUGUUGCAACAAGUGUCAUUCGAGUGUGCUACCCCACCGAGGAACCAGAAACCAAAUCCAAGGCACAGAGUAUUUCACGUUCGACGAUCAGUGAUGAAUAAUUCGCACGGGAUUCUGUUUCAAAGCGAACCGUUCUUUCGUUGCCAGUCGUAUUGAGAGUUUCGACGGUUUUCUCGUUGUGCACGCGACAAAAUGCGCGUUGCGUGUCUGUUCGUGGCUGUUCUGACGGUUGCCCGUGGACAAUCGAACGAAGGGUUCGACCAGUCGUCCAUUUAUUACACGGAGCCGACCUUCGUUAACGCGAGCAACAAUGGAGGGCCCACGGAGUUGCCUGGCGGUCACAUCCUCAGGGGACAACGGUUGUUGGAGAGAUCGAAGAGUCCUUAUCUAUUGCGAGAGGAUCUCUUCGUGGACCGUGACUGCGAACUGGUGAUAGAACCAGGGGUGGAGAUCCGGUUUGGUCCUAUGAUCGGUAUCACCGUUCGCGGGAUCAUAACCGCGAAGGGGGAAUCACACGCGCCAAUCCUAUUAACAGCAUCAGAAGCCAACAAUCAGGUCCACCCUGUUGAAUCGCCACUUUCCAUACGACUGGUCGAUGGACCAACGCCGUUCGAAGGUCGAUUAGAACUAUUCCAUCGAAACGAGUGGCGUGCCGUUUGCACCAACUCACGAAACUGGACACGAGCCGAUUUAGAGACAGCAUGCAGACAGCUUGGUUUCCAAGGCGGACGAUGGUCGUCGUGGAUAGACAGACAAUGGCCCGCGAAACCACGAUUAUUAUACGAGCAACCAGGAUGUAGAGGCACCGAGUCCUCUUUGACCAACUGCGAGAGGUGGUCGGAUAGACAACUCGGAGGUGGCGUUUGCGACUAUCAUCCUGAUCUCGGUAUCGCCUGUUUACCUCGCCACGACGGGGCAACGAAGGCCAUUAAACAUUGGAGAGGAAUUCGCUUCGAGGAUGCUCUGUACGAUCGACCACUGAUCCAAGAAAAUACUAUUUAUAUACGAAAAUCGAAGUCGAUACUACGAAACGUAGUAAUAGAACACGCAGGAACAGGCAGAGAGUAUAACGUUACGGCUGCUAUCGACGUGGAAGGCGUUCCACCGCAAAUGGAAUCGAUUUCGGUUCUCCAUGCUGCCUCCACAGGGAUUAUUGUGACCAUACCCAACGCUCCUGUCAUAAUAAACAAUUGUACCAUCCAAAACAACAGAGGGUACGGGAUUUAUGUGAACAGCUCGUCAGGAAUGGCACACGUUAACGACUGUUCCAUAUUGGAUAACGGAGCCGAUGGGAUAAAGUACGUUCACUUCGACGAACGACCAGACGACAAAUUAGAUAGAACAGAGGUCUUCGAUUUAUGCACAUUUCCAACGACUGCUAGUCAAAUAUUCCCCCUUAUCAUAUCCAUGGAGCAGAGCAAAUACGCGCCCAACACGAAGCGCUGUCCACAACACAUAUUCACGAGAUCUGGACACGUAUUGACGAUACACUUUCUACAAAUGAAGACAGACAGAAACAACAGUGCCACGAUAGAAGUAUACGACGGUAUGAGCGUUGGGGAGAAGUUAUUAGCCAAAGUGAAAAUAAAAAAUGGAGCGUUGCCCCAAAGCGUGACGACGACUCGACAGAAUUUGUUCGUGAAAUUCAUCGCUGAACCGCGCACCAACACUAUCGUUUUCGUGCGAUUGACUUCGGGCUACAAGAAAACCUACGAUCUCAACGUGACCGGUAGCACAAUAGCUGGCAAUAACGGAAGAGGAAUCGCGGUGGAGAAACUGCGAUCGGCCCUGCACGUUCAGGAGACUUCUGUGUCCAGCAACAAGCACGUGGCUGGCGUACACGUGUUGGGCGGCGCCGCGGAUGUAAAUAUCACGGGCAGCCGUAUAUCUUUCAACACGGGAGACGGAGUUAAUAUCACCCACACAGGAGGAAACCGUAACGUGUCCCGAACGAGCAUUUCCUCCAAUCAGGGGUACGGAUUCGCGGUGUGGUUGAACGACAGCGCGUCCACCGAAUACGUGUACUUCAAUCAGGCCACCGUGGUCGAGUAUUCGCAAAUUUUCAGAAACAAGGAUGCUGGUGUUCUUGUUGGCAACGCAACCGGCAAUUCCUACGUGAACGUGACGGGUAAUUGGUUCAAUAGCAGCGCCGAGACAGCGUUACAAGUGGAGUCCAGUUGGAGGCAGAAUGAAGGGCUGUUGAGGCUCCAAAUUGGUCACAAUUCCUUCGUCCAGAACGCUAAAUUCGGGAUCAAGCUGAGCCCUGCACUCAACAUGGAGGCGGUUAUCGAGUACAACAAUUUCAGAGAACAGUCCAGUGGCUGUAUAUUGAUAAAAAAUCCUCUCUACGAGGAGUUCAACAUUCUUCCCGUGGAUAUCAUUGUUCGGCACAACGAGUUCUACGGAAAUCGCGGCGUCUUUGUAGUCAGUAUCGGGCUCUCGCCGUACAGCGACGCGCAGAAGUUAUUGUUCACGAGAAACUUCCUGCGAGACAAUCGCGUUCGCGAGUUGUUCGACGAUGGGAACACGAUGAGAUCGAGAUUGAUACCGCGUUCCAGAGUGGCAGCGGUCGUCGUCGUUUCCUCGAGCAACGUGGUGGUUUUUCGCAAUAUUCUGAACAAUCCCGAGUCAUCGUACGAGAUUGGGUCUCACUUGGAAGAUCAGAGCAAAAUUAUUAACUGCACUUAUAAUUGGCUUGGAUUCCCAGAGGAGAACAAAAUAUUUGAACGACUGUUUCACAGAAAGGACAGGUACAACCUGGCUAAAAUCGAGUACCUCCCGUAUUUGCUGCACAACAGCAAUCCAGGAGCCACCACGAUCAUUUCGAAUCCAACGUUCGUGCCGCAAUUCGUUACACCCGGUACAAAUUUCGUAGGUGGCGAAGUCGAUGGUCUGGAGUCACUCAAAGCUGGAGAGUACAUCGUCGAGCGCGAUAUCAACGUACGACCGAGUGGUAAAUUAAUUCUACACCCUGGUGUCACGUUACGUUUCCCCCUGGCUGUGGGGAUGAUGGUCGCUGGCAGGCUCGAUGCUCGUGGCAAACGACCUAGCGAUAUUUUGUUCACCUUGAAGGAGGAAAUUGUCAUGGAUACUGACAACGAAACUCUGACGGAUGAAGGACUUGGUCAAAUUAACGAAAUGGAGUCGUCUGUGAGGCUUCUUGGGGGAAAGACCAAUCUCGAGGGAAGAUUACAGGUAAAAGUAGGUGAAAAAUGGGGAACAGUUUGUAAUUAUGGCUGGACAAUCCGCGACGCAGCCCUAGUGUGUCACCAAUUAGGCCUGACCCUGGACCCUGACAAUUGGCUCAUGGAACGCUCUCAGAUUCCAAACGCGGGUAUCAACGAGGACAUCGUCCUGAGCAAUGUCAGAUGCACCGAGGAUGACAACGACAUAUCGAAGUGUCGAGCAGAGACGGAACAGAGCUUCGAGAAUUCUUGUACUCACGAGAACGAUGUGGGCGUCAGGUGUUCGGAAGCCGCUUGGGCAGGCCUUCGAUUGGGGCCAUUGGCUCAGAGGAGCGACCUCCAAUUCGUCACUAUCGAAAAAGCAGGGUUGCUCGAUUAUGCCACGAAUUCGUUCAAGCCAGCCUUGCAAAUCGAUUUCGCACGACACUCCCUGGACAGUGUUCGAGUCAUCGACAAUCUUCAAGAUGGUUUAGGAGUACUCUACUCGGAUAUAUAUUCUGCUGACGCAGUGAACACCGUCAGAAACAGCGACUUCUCCCAGAACGGCGGCAGCGGUAUCAGUUUCAAGCAGUUGGGGAUGCAAAUCAUUAAUUCUAGAAUCGAGUAUAACAAGGUUGCUGGGAUUAGACACAACCCUACUUUAUCCGCAGUCCAGCAAAGAGAAUUCGCGGGCUGGUUUCACCGUGUACCAGACGCGAUCGAAUCUUCCUACGAUCCGAUAGUCAUACCCACCUACACAACGGAAAUUGAACUUUCCGACGGGGAAACUAAGUAUAUAACAACGGCCAAAGUCAACGGCGAGUCAAUCCAUCAACGCCUCAACAUCGUAUGCAGACCAGGAUACGUGAUCGGUAUUCAGCUUCUGAAUCCCAUCGAGAAUCGCAGCACGGAGCAAAUCAUCGUGUACGACUCGCAGUACGGUGAUCCUAAUCGAGAUGUUUGGCACGUGAGACGCGAUUUGGCCGUCUUUCCUGUGACAUCCAGCUCAUUUGCUGUGAUCCUGGAGUACGACAGUGGCGUGAAGGCUCUUGGUGGCGCUGUUAUGGUUAUUACAGCUCUACGAGCCCCCAUACAGGAUGUACGAAACAAGAUUGUAAGAGGACCGAUUCCAACCUUGCUAGUCACAAAGUCCAAGAUCAAGAACAAUAAAAGGGGUAUACUAGCAUCCUUCUACAACAGAUACUUGGACGAGAUAGGUGACCAUUUUCUGCGAAAAGCAAACGAGACCAUACAGCUGAUCACCUGCGAGGUGUCCCACAAUCAGGAAGAAGCGAUUUACGUGCACUCGCCCCAUUGGAAUAUUUUUCAGACGAACCUAUCCGAAAUCGCCAUUCACAUCAACGACAGCCUGAUCACGGACAAUGGGAAUGGGAUAUACCAGUUCAGUCGCGAUGCUAGGCACUCAAAUAAUCUCUUUCACUGGAUUAUGCAAGACAGCACCGUAGAAAGGAAUCGAAGAGGUGGUUUCGAAGUGGCGUUGCCAGAGGUCUGGCAGUACAACGAGAAUUUCACGCACACCUUGUUCUUUGGUAACAACACUUGGCGCAACAACGAGCUAUUUGGUUUCAUAGUAGACGGCCAUUACGCUACCCUAAACGUUUCUCACAAUCGAUUCGAAGGGAACAGAUGUAAGACUGGUUUGAUAUCUGUCCGCGGAAUGGAAAAGAAAAUGCGAAUCGACAAUAAUCGCAUUUCGAGCAACACUGGUGUCUACAUGGUAGAGUUCAAGGCAGACAGCCAGUCGGAGAUUUUAGGAGACGUCGAUGCUCGUUUCUUCAAUAACGAGAUCAAACGGAAUAGCUACGAUCUAGCUGGCAUGGGUCCACGUCGCACGGAUGAUAGUCCGAGUUACGUGGUGGGCUUCCAUGGCAUCCAAAAAGUGCGGAUAAAUAGAAAUUUAUUUGGUGAUAAUUCUUUGGACUAUGAACUGCUGGCUGGUAUAAGGACUGCAAAGAUCAAUAAUGAGGUUGACGUGACUGAGAACUGGUGGGGAACCCCUGAGGACAUUGAGAUAAGACGAAGGAUCUUCGACUUCGACGACUGGAACGACCACGCGGUGGCUCGUUAUCGACCUUUCUUGACAAACGACGCCUUCGAUUCAUCUGUUUCCGCGUCUUGGCAGAUCGUAAGAGAAGUAGACUUGGACAACUUGGGCGGACGUAUCGUGGAGAAUUUAUCUAUACACGCCAGGGAUAAACCCUACGUGGUACGAUCGGAUAUCACCGUGAUGCCAGAGUCCACGUUGCAUAUUUAUCCAGACGUUGUCAUGGAGUUUGCUCCCAACGUCGGUAUCCUUGUUCUUGGUACGUUGAAAGCCGUGGGUGCACCUGGUCAUGAGAUUAUAAUGAAGCCAAUGGAACGUAGCGAUAUAAACGAUUCAGUCAUCGUGAAACCUACUAGAAACUCUGGAAAUGUUGUCUCAAUGUCGGAGGAAACGAUUCGUCUUUGCAAGGAUGGACGGUGUUCUUCCUUGCACAAUGAAGGUUUCCUGGAAUUCUUCAAUAAAACAACCUUACAAUGGAUACCCCUCUGCGAUACCAGAUUUACUGAGAGGAAUGCUCAAGUGGCCUGUCGUCAAUUGGGCCACGACACGCUCAACGUCUUCGUAUCGUACGAUCGUAGAUACGAAUUGCAUCCUGGUUCUCUGAUACGAGUUUGGUCUUGGCCUGAACCAUUACAGUGCACUGGGAGAGAAGAGAAAUUAGAAGACUGCCAGAUUCGAUUAAACGGUCAACUGUACGGUCACCGACACGAAUGUCCAUGGGACAGCCAAUUUGUCUUCAUCAGUUGUGGAAAACGGAAUCUGGACGAUGCACAUGAUUACUGGGGUGGCAUACGCAUCGCCAAUGGCGAGUUCGAACAUCAUUUGUACGAGCAUCGCAUCCACGACGUGGUUACUCACGAGACAGUGAGACGAGUCGAAUCAGUUUUGAGAUAUAUCAACAUAACUGGUGCUGGAAUUCUACAUUUCGAGAAGUCAGCUGCUCUGCAGACAAUUAUGAAAUCACCGGCGAUAAUGCAGGUGAACAUAAUUCGCAGCGCCUAUCACGGUAUCAAUGUGAUAUCACCUACUCACACGGUUGAAUUACUAUUCAAUACCGUCGAUAACGUACUUGGAAACGGUGUCAACAUACUCUCGAUAACGGGCGAAGGACGCGAAGCUGAAGAAAGUUCAUUCACACCAAUUAAAGACCUCAGUAUCCCUUAUCAUCUGUUCAGUAUGAUCGAUAUAUGUGAUACCACUAAAGAGAUCACGCUCGAGGAACGAGUGAUCGUGUACUACAAGUAUGACAAUCACCCUGUAAGCUGCGUUAAAAUCUUUCGCAGCGCCUACAGGGCCAAACCCUUUGGAUUUAGGCUCCUACAGUUCAAUCUUUUCAACUCUACUGGAAAGCUUGGUCGCGUCGACAGUAUUACUUUAUACGAUGGAGACAUUUACAACGUCACUGCCAAGAGUAUAGGCCACCUGGAAGCUGAUAGUCCCGACGAGAAGAAGCUUUUCAAAACCCAGGGCCCUAGCCUCAGUAUAAAACUGUUCGCUAAUGGUGCAAGCAACGUGCACGGGUUUAUCGCAGAAGUAAUUACCCUGCCAAUCUCCGCCAUUGGAUUUAAUCGCGACGUCCAACACAACGUUUCUUAUUCUGUUAUAUCGAAUUGCCGCGAGGGAGCGAUAAAAUACGCAAGUGCUGGCGAAGUAAACGCAAUAAUGACCCUGGAACGUAAUCAGUUCACGAACAAUUGCGAGAAGCUUUACGGUAAUUUCUCGACUUGCAAAUCUGCGCUAUGGCUGGACGUUCAAAAUACGCAGUCCUUAUACUUCAGAAACAAUCUAGUUCAGAAGAAUCAAGGUGGACUUUCGAUCCGAGCUGAUUCCAGAGGUUCGGCCACUUCUUUGAAAGGGUGGAUCCAUAACAAUCUCUUUUCAGAGAACUAUAACAAACCCGCAUUAUACGUGGAGGGCCGCCAAAGCAGUCCAUAUCAAGAAGUCACUAUAUUCAGAAACUAUUUCACGAAAAACAACGCUCCCUACGACAACAACAUCGUUCUGAAACAAGUAGUCAGUAACAUGACGCUCAAUUAUUUGCACGCCAAUCUCGGCGCGCAUCUUUUGGAAAUUUCAGGAUUCGAAAGGGUCCGUCUACCUAUCUACCAAACCACGUCUCACAAUGGUUUCUACAAAAACUAUGCAGUGGACCGCAAUGGACGUAGUACAAUAGUCGCGGGGACCCCUGGCCAACAAUACGUCGACAAUGUAUUGUUCAAUCCAGACAACGAUUACGAAAUGCUCACAACGAACAGAUCAGAGCAAUUAGAGAUGUGGAAGUCACACGUGGAUGCGAGACAUAAUUGGUGGGGAUACAACGAAACGUUAGCUGUGGCAGGUAGAGUAAGAGACAGUGGAGAUUCUCCCGAUUUGCUGCAAGUCGAUUAUCAACCUUUUCACAUGAGCAAUGCAUCCGUUCUGAAUGGAAAGUGUCCACCGGCGUGGGAUCUCGUGGGCGACACGUGUUACAUAUAUAUUGGUGCUCCAAUGGACUUCUAUAGUGCUCGAGAUUUCUGCAGGUCGGUAAAUGCAUCUAUGCCAUUUAUCAUGGGUGAUUACGUGGAGCUCUGGCAUUUCAUACGAAAACAACAGGAACGUUACGAUUAUUCGGAUCGUGCCUGGGUACAGCAGUUGGAUCGCGUGGAUCAAUGCACAACUUUCACUUAUCAAACGAUAGAGAUCGAUUAUUGUGGUCAACGCAGCCCCUUCGUUUGCGAAAUUGAUCCUAGAGUGAACAUCGACCCGCUAUCAUGGAGAAAAGACAUUGUGGCAGUGGCUGUGUUAGGGGCAGCAGGAAUAGCACUCGCGUUGUUAACAGCUGCCAUUGCUCUCUGGGUAUCGAAGUCGAAGAGACGGAAUCUCGAAAGAUUGGAAAGGCGAAACUCUAUCAGACAAUCCCUGCAUUCUCUGCGAUCGGUUGGUUCUACUUCUGGAUUCACAGAACUUGCGUAUCGACGUAAACCUAUUACGACGAAGCAUUCAACAGACACGCUGAACUCCAAGUCCCUAGACUACAGAAGAAUGCUAAACGGCGGUAGCAUAGACUCAAUGGACAAGUCCCAGUUGAACUCGUCGAUGGAAGACAAUCAAAGCUACGACGUGUACGAGGCUCACAAUCCACGGUACUCUCCGAGCACCAGCGACUUCAAGACCACCGCCCAAAAGUAUGGACCACCUACGAGCGGAGACAAUCCAGUGUUUGAUCUAACAUAUCGCAACGAAGGCUUCAGAAACCACUCCACGUUCGCAUCGAGAACAACGAACGACUGGCCUAUGGAAUCUAACACCGAAACAACUACUGACGAGACUCCCGCUGUAGAUGCAACGCACGAGAGUUCCUAUAUCAACAACACGUCCACUCUUCCAUUGCACUCCAGCCUAGCUUUGACUGAUUCGAUUAGUGAGCUGAAAAGGGACAUCGAGACUUCGGCAUCCUACAGUCCCUUGGACUAUGAUGUUAGACGCAGCUAUGACAAUGCUACCUUACCAAGUCAAGCAUCGGAACCUGUGCCUGAGUAUGCUCCGGACUUCAACCCUCCGAUACCACCUCAUCCCUAUCAUCACUACGACGAUAGUAGACCUAGGAGCGAAGCAUUGUUAGAAACUAAUCUCGAUAACGGAGAGGAGAAACCUCUGCGAUCGAAGAGCGAGGCAUUGCUAGAGACUAAUUUAGAUGUGUUUCUGGUAAACGAGCCUACGGAACUCACGCAACUCUCAGCUGGAGCACGAAGCAAGAGCCAGCCUUUAGAAACUGCUAUGUAAAGUACCGAGUAAAAAUGAAACUAGGCUCUUAACAGUUUAAUUUAUAAUAUCAGGACUUUGGUUAGUUAUGAAGACAGCUGUUAAGAGUGAUUUGGUGUUUAUAAGUGGCUGAGGUUUGGCACUCGAGUCCAAUUGUUCCUUAACUGCGACAGGGUUUGAACUUGAUAAAUUAUUAUCAGGAAGAUGAGACUUUGUACGAAGCAAGAGCCAGGGUUUAGAAACUGCUAUGUAAACUACGGAGUAGAAAGUGAAUUGGGCUCUUAACAGUUAAAUUUAUAAUAUCAGGACUUUGGUUAUCUAUAAAUGCACCUGUUAAGAGUAAUUCGAUGUUUCUAAAUGGCUCCAAUUUUGUAAAUUCGAGGACCUCGUAAGUGUCAGAACCAAUGCUCGUUGCCCUGUGAUAGGGUUUGAACUUGAUAAAUCAUUAUCAUUAAGGAGAGACUCGAUGAAACCUACCGAAUUUAACAUUUAAGACAGUGGAGCUUAAGGAGGACUACAAGUGCAAUGAAACGUCGUUGAUUUCUUUCGUAAGAAAUGUUCGUCGAUCUACGUUCUUCCUGAUAUGAAUUAGUACUGUUUUAUAAACCAGAUCUCAAUACUUGAUUCUCCAAUGCGAGACUAUCUUUUGCAAGCCGUACCUAAUUGUGCUGGCUACGCUAAUAUAUCCUAUAGAAUAGACAAAAUUAUUUCUUAUAGUGCAUUCUGUACAGAAAAGCGCAUUACAUAUCGUACAACGAUGCGAACGCAGGUUUGCAGUUAGAAUAGUCCGAAGAGUAGCUCGUAAUUUGCAUAAUUUGUCGUUUUGAAAACUGUUCGCUCAUGAAACCACGAAAUGUAUGUUCAUUUUACUGAGAUUGAUUAAGCUAAGACAUCAGUCUUUGUUCAUUAUAAGAUAAUUUACAAAAAUAAAGGAAACUUGACGAUAGAGAAAUUGAGGAAAUUAUCAGAUAUAUGGUACUACACUGCCAAACUAUCGAGUAUGCGUUUUAUACUCGCAGAGUGAGAUGUACUCACGCGUCGACGUUGUGAUAGAUAACUCAUCGGAGUAUAAAUUAUAUUUUAGUCUUAUUAGCGUAACUAUGGUUUCGUUUACGCGGAGGAGUUGUUCAUUAAGGAAUGCUACAUCUAGCGAUUAUAGUUUUCCUUAAAGUAGGUGAUCUCACCAAGCGCCUUCGACACGAAUUUUACCAGAGAUGGGCAAAAUUUUUACCCGCAUAAAAAUGUCUGCAAAAUGCGACUAAAAAAUAGAUCUAUUAUCGGAAUAAAAUGUUGCCCAACUCCGAAUUUUAUAUACAUUCUACUGUAACAGAUUAUCCGUCCGUACAUCUAAGUUUAUUGUACAAGCGACAAUGCCUGCUCAGGCACGCAAUAUACUUGUGUAUUUAUGUAUGUAUAGAUAUACAAAUACCAAACGGUAUUUUUCAGCGAACCAACGUAAGGCGUUUAAUUCAUAUUUUUUAUACUGUUAUUAGAGAAUAAUGAUUUACCGGAGAACGAUAGCUCAACGAACAAGUGCGUUCUGUGCGAAUUUAUUCUUCCAAAGAAGGAUUCUACGACUCGUGUCUAAUUCUAACGGCGAGCGCAAAUGUCUUUAUAUAUUUAUACGUUUUUACGAGUGGUAAACCAUUUGAAAAAUCGAAAUAAGCGUCGUGCACGUUAAAAUUAUUUUCUAAAUAUAUCGACGCGUUUUCAAGGUAUAAUAUAAUAGUUCGAUUUGAAAUUAUAGACAAUUUAAUUUGUACAGUUUUCACGUCAGAACUAAUAAACGAAUCGCA